GGGGCGGAGACGAGGAAGUGGGUGCGAGGCGCGGAGCCGUGGCUGUGCGCGCCGCCCGCUCCAUCCCUGCCGCGAGCGGAGCCGGCGCGGGCGCGGGAGCCCGAGGCGAACCCGGCGCGGAGCCACACCCGGCGGCAGCUGCACCAGCUCCAGCUCUCCAGCGGCCCCAGAGGGGGAGUCAAGCUGUCCAUUGAUGGGAGCAGGUGCCAGCUAAGAACAAGGAUACAGCCAUGUCUCCAUAUGACUCUUCCCGCAUAAAACCGAAGCCACCUUCAGACGCAUGUCCCAGCCCCUCCAUGUCUAUGCAAACCAUGGAGAGUGAAGACCCACCCCAGGCCCUGGGGGAAGCUGGCUCUUCAUGGGGCAGGCUGAGGACUGGAGUUUGAACCAGAAACCUGGCUUCUUUCUUUAGGGUCUGUUGAGAACCUGGAGCCCAGUGGUCUGCAAAAUUGGCCCUUGGCUGUGGUCAAGGGAAGAAGCACUGUAGGGUUCCAAGAUGGUGUCCAAUGACACAGCCUCUUCCCUUUGCCUAAACUCCUCCGUUCUCAAGGUCACUGUCAGCAUGACCUUGGCCGCCCUCAUCCUCAUCACUAUCGCUGGCAACGUGGUGGUUUGCCUGGCCGUGGGCUUGAACCGCCGGCUCCGCAGUCUCACCAACUGCUUCAUCGUGUCCCUGGCCAUCACCGACCUGCUCCUUGGCCUCCUGGUGCUCCCCUUCUCCGCCAUCUACCAGCUCUCCUGCACGUGGAGCUUCGGCAGCAUCUUCUGCAAUAUCUACACCAGCCUGGAUGUGAUGCUCUGUACCGCCUCCAUCCUCAACCUCUUCAUGAUCAGCCUGGACAGGUACUGUGCGGUCACAGACCCCCUGCGCUACCCUGUGCUGGUCACCCCCAUGCGGGUUGCUAUCUCCCUGGUCUUGAUUUGGGUCAUCUCCAUCACCCUGUCCUUUUUGUCUAUCCAUCUGGGGUGGAACAGCAGGAACGAGACCAACUGGGACAAUCACCCCACCCUAAAGUGCAAAGUCCAGGUCAAUGAAGCCUACGGCCUGGUGGAUGGACUGGUCACCUUCUACCUGCCCCUGCUGAUCAUGUGUGUCACCUACUACCGUAUCUUCAAGAUCGCCCGUGACCAGGCCAAGAGGAUCAAUCACAUCGGCUCCUGGAAGGCCGUCACCAUCAAGGAGCACAAGGCCACAGUGACGCUGGCCGCGGUGAUGGGCGCCUUCAUCGUCUGCUGGUUCCCCUACUUCACCGUGUUUGUUUACCGUGGCCUGAGAGGGGACGACGUCAUCAACGAGGUCUUCGAAGCCGUGGUCCUGUGGCUGGGCUAUGCCAACUCGGCCUUGAACCCCAUCCUGUACGCUGCACUGAACAGGGACUUCCGGACUGCCUACCAGCAGCUCUUCUGCUGCGGAUCUGUUGGCUGCGACGCCCAGGAGACUUCUCUUGGUUGCUCCCACUCUCAGCUGUCCAGGAGCCAAAGCAGAGAUGCCAGGAAACCAGAAGAGAAGCCCCUGAGGCUAAAGGUGCGGAGUGGGACAGAAGUCACCACCCUGCAGGGGGCCACAGACAGGAAGCCAGCACUGCCCUGUUCUGUGUGUUCCAGCAACCUCCUAAGCUGCUGCAAGAGCCUGUGGGGGCUUAAGUUCCUUCAGAGACACAUGGGACCCCCCUUGGAGGAGCAGUCAGGGGAGCUGCCAUCAGAGGGUCCACUGACACCACCGACCCAGGAAUCAGUGAGGACGCUGAUCUCUGAGGCGCCUUAGACUGGGCCCAGAGCAUGGAGGGUGCAGCCCCAGGACACUGAAGAUACCAAAAUUCUGGUCACCAAGGAUUUGACUCCUGGAGCCACUAAGAACCCAGCUUCAAAGUCACUGAGGACACACCCCAGCUUGAGUCUGGGGACUCCCAGACCAUACAGGGGAGGCUGGGGUCCUCAGUUCUGGGCCUGUUCUGUGCUUAGGAUUCCCAGAUGGCUUUCAGGACUGUUCUCAGCCCAGAUGUGCUGGGUCCAAUGGGUUCCAAGCUCACGUUGGUGCUGGCCCUAGGAAUCAUGAGUAGAGACAGCGGGUAAUCUGGGGACAUGUGCACGUGUGUGCAUGGAUGUGUGCAUGGAGGAGCGUGCAUGUCCUCUGAGAAAGACAGAAGGUGUUGCUAUAAGGCCUUAGUUUCUCACUCCUUCAUGAGUUCUGCAGAUGGAGGGCAGGGAAGAGAAGGAAAAGGAAGGGAAGGGGAAGGAAGGGAAAGGAAGGGAAGAGAAGGGAAAGGAAAGGAAGGGGAAGGAAGAGAAGGGAAGGGAAGGGAAAGCAAUGGAAAGGAAGAGAAGGGAAGGGAAUUAGCCUUUAAUGAACACCUACUAUGUGCCAGACAACUUACACCUCCAUGUAAUCCUCAUAAGCAUGUGUGUCAAGGGUCACUGACCCAUCUUUACAGAGAUGGAAACUGAGGCUCAGAGAAGUUCAGAGCCUGCUCAAAGCAGCUCAGCUAGAAAGUGUGCUUGGCACUCAAACAAUAUUUGUGGAAUGAAUGAAUGAAUGAACAGAUAUGAAUGAAUGGGAAGAUGGGUGAAAAGCUGGACCUUAAGCCCGUGGUCUUGAUACUACACUACAUGGCCUCUUGAGACGGAGGUCAAGAUACUUACCUUUCUCCUAGCAAGGCUUGGUCUCCUGGAGGCUGGGGAUCCCAUCAUGCUAUGGUACUGAAUCCCUCUGGUGCUUUUCAUCAACAAGGAGUGGUACGGCACGGACGUGCUCGGGAAAGUGUGUCUGUGAGUGGGAUGGCAAGGAGGGCGGGGUAGAGGUUGGAGAAUGCAAGGGGUGUGAAUGGGGGCAUUGUCCCAGCAGCGCUCUCCCCUGGCUUCAUGACCUUGGGCAGAUGACCUGAUCCCCCUGAGCAGCUCUUUCGUCCACUGUCCAAGGGGGCAAGCUUCUCUUUCCUGUAUACAGGAUUGUUGAAAAGACCCAGCCCCCAGAGAGCUGAGGUUGCCAAAGGACAUCGCUGCCACUAGGGCUUCUCAGCGUCACCUUUUCUUGCUGGCUGCUGCCCCUUCUGGAGACCCACUCUCCCUUUGGCUUCCAAGAUCCUCUCCUGGUUUUCUUUCUCUCCAUCUAAACACGCCUUAGCAGUUCCCUUUGCACCUCACCUGUACUCUGUUGGCCAUUAGAUGUGGCUGUUCCUGAAGGCUUGGCCCUGAGCCACCUUCUCUUCUAGAUCCAUCCUCUCUCCCUCUGGGACCUCAUCCAUAUACAUGACUUCAGUUAUGAAGCAUAAGGACAUUACUCACAGAUUUAUAACUGCAGCCCAGGCUCCUUCUGGGAGCUCUAGACCUCCCACUGCCUACAUGACAGCUCCACCUGGGUAUUUGCAAAGGCACCUCCAAUGUUGUGUGUCCAUAAUUACACUCAAGACCGUCUCUCUGCUCCUGGCCUGGGGAGCAUCCUUUGCACCUCCGUUUUUCUCAUGCUUCGGAGUCAAACCUCUCAUGUCCUAGCUUCCGCAUACAUCUGCCAGCUGUUUACUUUGCUCCAUCUGCACCAUCAUCACCUUGGCCCAACUGCUACCAUCUCCAACAGGACAAUUGAAACAGCCUCUCGACCCGUUUCCACAUUCCCCACUUGCCCCACCUCCCAGUUCACUCUCCACCCAACAGCCAGAGUGAGUUUUCCAAAAUGCAGAACUGACCACAUCACACAUAUGGAUAAAACCAUUGUGAGCCCUGUGUGCUCAGCCCCUGCCUGCCCCUCAGCUCCUUCUGCACCAUACUCCCCUCCUUUCCCCUCCAGGUCUACUGGCUUUUCCAUUUUUGUUUGUUUUGCUCACUCCAGCUGCCAAACCCUGCUUUUUCAAGGGCUUGAACUGCUCUUCCUUUCUUCAUAGCUAGCUAUCUCCAUAAGAUCUCAGCUAAAAUGUCACUCCCUUGAGGAAGUCCUCCCUGACCCACCCCUGCCACCACACACCCUGGGAACUUUCCUUGGAAGCCACUAUCAUGGCUGUAAUGCUAUGGUCACUUGUGGGCUUUCUUUACAGUCUCUCUCCCAUUCAUGAGGUUAUGGGUCCUGCCUGUUUCUGUGGACCAUUGUAUGUCUGCUCCCUAGACUAAUACUUGGUACAUAGUAGGAGCUUAAUAGAUGUUUGUUGGAUGAAUGAGAAAAGAAAACAAAGAGUCCAGAGGGUGGAGAGCAUGGAUACUUUAAGCAGCUUGUCUGCUGAUAAACCCAGAGGCAUCAUUUACCCUGAUGAUCCUAGAGAUGCUUAGCCCCCUUGGCUGGAUUCUGGUGAUGGAAGCCCCAGAAUUCUCUCAAUUGGACAUCUUCCAGGAGUCUGAGGCAGGUGGGUCUCCAAGUCAUGGUUGGGUCAUUGGAGGCAUAAGACUUUGCAGACUGGCCUGGCUCAUCCCAGUCUCUGCUGGUCAGAGCUCCCACCCAAGGCCCACACAGCAGCUGCCAUGACAGGGUCUCCUUCAGGUCUGCCUCUGAGUGGACCCCACCCUUCUAGAGAGCUCCUGGGGCCUCUGCUGGCUGCAGAAGUGAGGUACCUGCUGCCCAGAGGAGGAGCAUAUGCGGGGGGUGGGGCAUCCAAUUAAUGUUCUGUGUUACCUUCAUGUUCCAAUAAAGCUAUGAAAGCAGA